AUGAGCGCCGUCCAAGCAGCCAAGCUCUCCGUCACGCCUCGUCGAUGGCACGCUCGCGGUCACGCAGACCAUGGCUGGUUGAAAACCUUCCACACCUUCUCCUUCGCCAACUACUACGAUCCCUCGCACAUGUCCUUCUCGAACCUCCGUGUCAUCAACGAAGACCGCGUCGCGGCCGGAACCGGUUUCGGGACGCACCCUCACCGGGAAGCGGAGAUCUUCUCCCUGGUCCUCGACGGUGCGCUCGAGCACAAGGACAGUAUGGGCAACACCGAGAUCCUCCGUCGGGGCGACGUACAAUUCACCUCUGCCGGCACAGGUAUCAGGCAUAGCGAGAAGAACGGUGGUAAAGGCGAAGUGCAUUUCUUGCAAAUCUGGUAUACUCCCGAUGUGAGCGGUUUAGCUCCAAGGUACUAUACCACGCAUGCGAGCGACGAGAGCAAGAGGGAUGCGUGGAAGACCUUGAUCAAGCCCAUCAGCACGUUUAGUUCCGAAGACCAGAAGAAGACGGGUUUGCUACCAGAGGGGACACCCAUUCCGUCCCAUUCGACGCUCGUGACGCGAAGCGCCAUCGUCAGCCCCGGAAAGGAGGUGACCCACGUUAUUGGAGCAGACUCCGCAGCGAAGGAGGGCGACGAGAGGUGGAUGUACAUCCACCUAGCUCAGCGAUCGGGGUACAAGGAUCCCGAGUUCAAGGAGAUGGGUAUCAAGGGAGAGGCGCAGGUGAGUUUUGAGGAUGGUAGGGGCAAGGAGUACGUGCUGAAGGAGGGAGAUGGUGCGUAUGUCAAGGAGGGCAAGGUGGGCGAUGGGCUGGUGUUGAAGAAUACGGGCGGGAAGGAUGCUGAAUUGGUGCUCUUCGAUCUGCGACCGUCCAAGGGGGACAGCUUUUGGUGA